AAUAAUUUAUUAUUCUUGCUCCUCUGCUAUCAGUGUUUGUAUACUAAGCACGUGACAACAACGUUAGAACUGGCGAUUGCUAUAAUCUACUUUGGAAAAGUGGGGCCAGUGUGAGAGCAGGUUAACCGCAGAAACGAUGGCGAACGUUGUCAGUCAAAAUCGCGUAAGAAGAAAAUCGUACGCAGGACUUGAGAAUGUCUUGCAAAAACCAAAGCGGUUUUCGUAUGCGGGUCAGACUCAAGCAGGAAAAGAGCACUAUGCACGAGAACUAGCUUCGAUUUCAGAAGGUGGGAAAGCACGACGCUCGACUCCUACUUCGAUACUACUUUCUAGCAUUACAAGUAUUCUUCAACACUCUGAAAAUACCACUGUGCAGAGUUAUCAGAUGAAAAGAGAUCGACGAAGAAGUGCUCUUGAUAGUGGUAAUAAUAAUCUAUCAUUUUCUCAACAGUCAUUACUAAAUGUUAUGGACCGUUUUGUGAAAUCUGUGAAAAAUAUGGAGGCAACAGUACUUGUUCCUUCACGUCUGAAAGACAUGGAUGCAGACAGUGAAAGUAUUGAAAGGCAGUCUAUUCCUAAUCGACAGUAUAAAACAAACUUGUUCACCUUUUAUUCUUUGCUGAAUGAUGUUAGACAUGAAUUAUUAUGGGGACCUACACACAAAACAACUUCUUUAUUACCCCCUGUUAUGAAGGAUCGCCCGUCUACUCCAACAAAACAUGAACUUCUGCCCGAAGAAAAAAUUAUGGCACUGGGUAAUACAUGUUUAACGCCUGGUAAAGAUAUCCAAGGAGAUAUUGAUAUAGAUAGUCUAGGAUUUUCAUCGUUAGAAUUAGCCAGCGAAGAUGGAAUUGGGACAUCAGGAGCACAGGCCACUUGCUUAACAAACUCUUUCCGUUAUCAUCUACAAGCAUUGCAGACUAUUUUGAAUCAAUUUUCAGAUUCUGCCGAUUACUUAUCUUCUCGAUACCAAGAAGAAGUAGGAUUAGAUACUUCUACGUAGAUGGACCUACCGUUUAUAUAUGAUAAUGUCAAUUGUAAUUUUGUUUGUGAUUACUUUUAAAAAUAUUGAUUUAUUUUUAACAAAUGCAUAUUUGUUCGAUUUAUAGUUUGUAACAUAAGCAUAUUAUUACAACUAUUAGUAUUACUGUGACAAGAAAUUGGUUAAUACUAAUAGACGUUAUGACUUAUAAGAGGGGGAUGAAAUUGAAAAGAACAAGUCAUAUUUGAUUAAUGUUAAAUUUCUGUUUGUAUUAUUGAUGUCAAAGUUUAGGUUAAGUGACUUACAUUGUUUGUUUCGGCCAUAAGCUUGAAUAAGGACAUGAAGACUUGUAUGCAACUGUUAGGCUUAAUUAACUAAUGAUGUUCAGAGAAAUGUAAAAAACUCAACAAUAAGUGUAUGAUUUCUCUUAAUUAUUACAACUACACGGAAAUUGCGUUUUAGUGUGUUUACUUCAUAAAUAUAAUACUACACACUAAUGUCAAAUGUUCUAUAUAUACUAUUUAAUACUUUUUUUUAGAAGAAAUAGAAAAUUUGGUUAACUUAAUUGUAGUUUUAGGUAUUGGAAAGUGUUAUUAUACUAUAUAUACUUAACAGUCAUUAUGUCUAACCUUAGAUUUUUUCAUUGUAUUGGAUGAAAAGGGGGUUUUAGCAUUAUUUUUUGUAAGGUGGUUUAUUAAUUUGUUUUCAUACAGAAGGUAUAACAUUCAUUUUAGAUUCUGUCAUUUUGGGCUCAGACAGCCAUAUUUUGAGAACAAAAAUUACGACAACCGUUGUAGGUCGAUAUUAGCUCAUAUACUGCAUUAGGACGUGUGUCGUAAAAAAAAGUGGAUUGGGAGUUGACGACGGGCAGCAGUAGCAAACAAACAUGAUCCUCGUAUACUUCGACUCCCGUUUCCUAUGUACAUUAUGAACAGCCAGUGGUAACUACCUGAACUCUUCUACUCAGAUGUUAGUCUAGACAUCAGUGUUACGAUUCUGUAAUCUAAAUCCUGGGAACAAAAAUGAUGGUAGCAACCAAGAAGCAUGACUUCCAUUAUUCUUAUCCUCAAUAUAUGGAUUUUAGAAGAAUGUUAGUUCGGCAAAGCUUAUUUCAUGUCAUUUGUUAUAAACAUCAAACUUUCCCAAGUAAAUUCUAAAAAAAAAGUGGUGAUGGAAACCUAGUUAAAUGAUCUUCAACCUGAUAGUGGCUGCAUUACUGCAUCAUCAAUGGUCAGCUGAUGAUGUUUUUUAGUUUGAUAUCCACUAAUGAGCACUGAGGGAGGUUCUAUGUAUAAAACUGUAUCAUUCAAAUAUAUAUAUAUAUAUGCGUAUAUAUUUAUUUUGAAGAUAUUAAUAGAAAUAGUUAUUUUAUAGUAAUGCGUAAAGAACGUUUGUGUGAAAAUAUUUUCGUACUGAACUAUACGCAAUCUGAGGAAAUACAGCUAAAAAUUACUACCUUUCAAAAUACGUUUUCAGGAAUGAGUAAUCAUGGCUAAUCCCACGCUUAAUAAAUAUCAUUUACGUACGUAGCCAGUUAUAGCUAUGGUGUUCUCCCCUUAUCGCUCCUUGUAUCAGUAAUGACUGACCCCUUUGAAGAUGUUAUUAGGGAUUAUCUGGUCAAGUCUUACUUUACCAGUUGAUCGAAGUAUUGGAUGAGAGUUAGAUUAGUAAUCUGAAUUUCAUUAUACUAUACGUGUAGGUAGUAAUCUUUUAAAGUUGGUAAAAACUUGGCUUCUUAAUAGGAAACAAAAGGUGAAACAUCAUUAAAGGGAAUAAACGAAGACCUAAUACGCUUCUUUUGGUUAUAAUUUAUAUUAGUGAUGUCGAUAGCAUGUUUGAAUUUAAUUAUGAUAGAAGAUGAAGAGCGGAGUUAAUGUGAGAAAGUGUGCUUAUAAUUAUGCAUAAUUUGCACAAGAAACAAACAUAAAGACUUGAAGGUUAAUUAGAUGUAAAAUGUAAUAACAUAUAUUUUUUGACCUAGGAGUUUGUUAAUUGAUGAAAGUUUCUUUUGUGAAGGAGAAAAUUAUGAAUACAAGUUUGAAUUAUUGUAUUGAGUGUAUGAUUGUGCUCAAAAAGGAAAGUAGUUUGAUUUUUUCCGGUAUUCAUGUAGUACUUUCCAAUAGGUGGUUCACGAAGUGUUUGGUUAACUUCACUGUGCUUUUACGUUUUUAAACCUAAAUAGCAAUUUCAAUAAAAUUAAAAGCUCGAAUCAGUCAUAAUUAAUUUGUUUUUGGCUAUGGUUUUCGGUAGAGAUCUGUAUGUGUUAUGCCGUACUGCUUCAAACAUUACAUAAAGAUAACAUAUUUUCAAAUGUGUGGAUAAACUGACAUUAUGAUGA